CCAGCUUGGCGACUCUGACUGUGUGUUCAAGCACCAGGUGGGGUGGAGGUAAUGGGAAAGCUGGGAGCCUCUGGGGCCUUUCUGAGCCUUGGUUUACUCACCCAUAAAAGGGGGCCCCAGGACUGUUUCCAAGGCCCCUUCUAACCCUGACGUUCCUGCAGUAGGUGUGGGCUUUGGAUGGCAGAAGGAAGGACCUGUGUCUCUUGCCUGCUCAGCCUCCUGCUCCUCUGAAGGUGGGGGGCAGAGUCUCUGAGCCUCAGCCUCCUCGUUCUUCAAUAGAAAUAUUUAGCGGAAGAGCCAGAUUCACUGAGCACCUAGUCUGUGACAAGUGCUGGCUUAAGUGUAUGACUCAUUUAACCCUUGUGACAAUUCUGAGGUAGCUACUGUUCUUAGCCCCACUUUAGACAUAAGGAACCAUGGCACAGAGAGGUUAAGUAACUUGUCCAAGGUCACACAGCCAGUAAGUGCAGAGCCAGGACUCAGCCACAGCCUGUUUUUAGAGCAUGUGGAGUGAGAGCGAGGCUGUCACCCUGCGUCACUGCUGUGAGGAUAGCAGGUGAUUAGUCCAGGACAUGGGAGGUGCUCAGUUGAUGUCAGAUGUAUCCCGGUGGCCUGGACCUGGCUGUCAUCCCUUCCUUCAGGCUCAACUUCUAGCCCAUUUUUGGCCCAGAUGCCUGAAGCCGCCUCUGCCAGGUGGGAAAUCUCAUGGGCUGACGUAGAGGCUGCUGGUGACACUGGACGGGCCUCCUACAGCAUAUCAUCCUGUCCUCUGUGGUUCACACUGACCCUGGUGUCCUGGCCCCCCUGCAGGCAAGCGAGGUGACCUCCCAUGUCCCACCAACCCCGAGCUGGAACUCUCUGUCCCGGAGGCAGCCCGUGCCUUCCUCCCUUCCCUGGGAGCUCUCAGCACCCCACCAGCUGGGACCCACUGCCAAGGGGCACUUCUCCCUGAAACCUGCUCCCUGGACCAAGCCCAAGGGGACCUUAGGAUCAGGGGAUGAGCGCCCAGCCCAGGGCGCUUUAAAUAGCAGCCCCCCUGCUCAGGGCCUGUGGCGGGAGCAGGUAACCCUGUCAGGGCUCAUAUGUGCUCAGUCCGGCCCUUACUGAUCAGCUGGAGCCAAUCACGGGCAUCAGCAGCACCUGCCCAAACCCUGGCACCUGUCGCAGAUCACCCUGCCACGAAGUCCCCAGAAGCCCCUCAGGAGCCCUGUUGAUAUGAUGCCCCCCACCCACCCACCGUGAAUGGAGCCCUGGGCUCCGCCAGGACCUAUGCAGACCUCCGUGACCUCGUCCCAGCCAGCUCUCGCUGCAGCCUUCCGUGGGGGUGACGUUGUCCCUGUUUUUCAGCUGAAGAAACCAAAGCCCUAGCACAGUUAAGACAGCCAGAGGAGAGGAUGGUCAGGGAGAGCGCUGGGGAGGGACAUUUCCCCAAAACUGAAGGAUUUGAACGAAAACUGGAAGGAGCCAUGCCUCCAGCGCUUAUGGCAGCUGCUUCAGGGGGAUGGAGCAGUGGUUUGGAGGGGCCAGGGCUGCCCAGGGGGAGAGGGGCUGUGAAGGAGAGCAAUGCUGCAAGGCCCCCGCCCUCCGGGACUCUCGGUUGAGCUGGGACAGGGAUGGGCAGCAAGGAAUCAGCAAGUUUAAGACAGUGCCCAGGGCUCCAUUGGGAUGUCUAUGCCUGGGAUCCUUAGGGCUUGGGGAGUAUCUUCCUGCUCCAGGACUCAGAGAGGGCAAGGCACCUGCCCAAGGUUGCACAGCCUGCCUGCCAGUUACUGAGACCCUUAGCUGCUGCCUGAGAGGCUUGGACUUUAUCCUGCAGACAACUGGAGCCGUGGAAGGUUUUUAAAGUAGGGGUCAGCAUGUGCAUUUUAGAAAAUAGUUUUGCAUUUUUAGAGAGAGGAACUCCGAGAAUGGUUAAUACUUAACUCGGGGGCCUGAAUCUCCAUCAAGGAAAUUGGGCUUUGUGGGUGGAGGAAGGGGGCCUCGGAGUGCCACUCAAGUCAUUCCAUCCACGUGUGGGGGGGUGUCCUGGUGCCCCCCUCACACCUGCCUCUGUUGGGGGGGGUGCCCAGCCAGGGGCAUGGGAGGCACCCAGCAGUGCCCCUGUUCUCCCCCGCCCGCCGGAGGGGGCGCCACACCUCCCCUGGAAGUGCCCCUGGUCUGGGUAAGGAAGGGAGGCUGUGCGCUGCCCCCACUGAGGUUACUGAAGGGCACGGACCCUGUGCCCUAGGGGAGGAGAGCCAGAGGUAGUGCUUUGUGGCAGCCCCAGACCAGGAAGUAGCCUCUGCCCUCCCCCAUCCUGAGACAUUUCCUCCGGAUGAAAUCACAUCCCCAGCAGGGGAACAGGCCCCCAUUGUGAAGGGCUGGGGUCUCGAGAGAAAGGGCGUCUUUCAGGCCCUUAAAAAUAGCAGCCCUGAGAUGUAUGAAUCUGCAUGGGGUAGAGUGGCCCACCCUCCCCCCAGCAGCAGCACAGGCCCUGUCGCCCCCCAGCCCACACCGUGACCUGGUGGUGACCAGCUGGAGAAUCCACUAGCCCGGGCCGGGGAGGGGCGGCUGGUCCACCGGGUUCACACACUCUCCCUCUGCUUCGCCCGCCUGAGCUAAGACCGUCGCUGGCUUUGUCCAGCACUGCUGGGCCCUCUCGUAUGGUCCGCACUAGACCCUUAGCAGGUGGGGAUAAUCGACACUUUACAGAUGAGGAAACUGAGACACAACUAGUAAGUCAUACCUUUAGUGGGUGACGGAGCCCGUGUUGGAAGCCAGGCAGCGCUGGGCCUAGGAUUCUGCAGUGGUGGGCUGGGCCCGGGUGCAGGCUGGAGGGCGCGGGGUGUGGUCCCCAGGCCUGUAAUGGGGCACCCGGUGGGGUCAGCCCGCAGCAGCCCUGCCACGUGACCUCGGUGGGACUGGCACUGACCACAGCUGUCGGCUGGGCACUCCCUGAGCUGGGGGACAGAGGCUGCCACUGGCCGUAUCACUCCAGGGUCUUGACAGAUCUUCGGCCACUUCUGCAGGGGUGCCAGGCUCGCCCCACCUCUCCUGUGAGAGCAGGGAGGGCGGGGCCGCGUGCACGCGAGGUUGUUAAGUGAAUGAUACGUGUGAGUUGAGGGAGUUUUAGCCAUUCUAGACUCCAAGAGGUGAAGGGCGGGUGUGAGAGCAGGCGAUUGGGAAGGGUUCACCCUUGCAUCCCUGAGAACGAGAUGUUCUAGGCUCCUGGCAGGGCAGCCCUCACCCGCCAGCCCCUCUGGGACAGCCCUCCCCUUCCUCUGCUGGGGUCUGGCCUGAUUAGAGCGGCGCUGCAGCACCUGCUGGGACCUCUCAGUCAUUUCAUCUGUGUGAGGGGCCCCUGAGCCCAACCCCAUGCUCCAGCUCACCCUCCGUGGGCCACCUGGAAUCAGGGAAGGGCUGUAGAGAGCUGGCGGCUGAAAUACCAGCUGUUGGCAGCUCUGUCCUUCCCAGCCCUGCUGCCACCCAUGGAGUCCCAGCCCCUCCCAUCCCGUCCGUCCUUUCAAACCGGAGCCGGUGCGGUCAGCCACUUGUCACAGACACAGGACUGGAGCCCCGGCCUCCUGCAGUCCCAGACCCCCACCCCCGGACACCCCGCCACGCAGCUCCGCGCUCUCCAUCCUUCUCCCGCUUCCCAGAAUCCGUGCUCCGACUCCUCCUAGGAGAGAGUGGGAUGAUGUCACUUCCUGAGGGUGGGGGGAGGAGUAGGCACGACCCCAGCAGGCUAGCCCGCCAGCCUGCCCGCCAGGCCGCCACCUCUCUGGGAGCAGCCUGGCAGCGGCUGGAUGAAGUGGCUGCACCAGGGAGAGGGCGACCGAGACGGGCUGGGCUGGACGUGCUGGCCGGCCACCUGGCUCCACACGCCGUCGCCCACCCUGAGGGCCGCGCCCACCGGCCGGGGAGACUUGGCCACUUCCCGAGUGAUGCCGGUCUCCGCAGACACUCUUUUUCCCUGGAGCCGUCACCGGGGAGAGGAGGACUUGCCGCCCACCUCUGGACCAGGUGCCAUGAGGUGAGCGCCAGGCCCGCUGAGCCUCUGCAGAGCUGCCAGCCAUGCCCGGGAUCGUGGUGUUCCGGCGGCGCUGGUCUGUGGGCAGCGAUGACCUCGUCCUGCCAGCCAUCUUCCUCUUCCUCCUGCAUACCACCUGCCAUCCUGGUGAUCGAGUUCAUCUACGCCAUCGUGGGCAUCGUCUGGCUCACUCAGUACUACACCUCCUGCAAUGACCUCACUGCCAAAAACGUAACGCUCGGGAUGGUCGUCUGCAACUGGGUGGUCAUCCUGAGCGUCUGUAUCACUGUCCUCUGCGUCUUCGACCCCACCGGCCGCACCUUCGUCAAGCUGAGGGCCACCAAGAGGAGGCAGCGCAACCUGCGGACUUACAACCUGCGGCACCGCUUAGAAGAGGGUCAGGCCACCAGCUGGUCGCGCCGGCUCAAAGUGUUCCUCUGCUGUACUCGGACGAAGGACUCCCAGUCAGACGCCUACUCGGAAAUCGCCUACCUCUUUGCCGAGUUUUUCCGAGACCUGGACAUCGUGCCCUCCGACAUCAUCGCUGGCCUGGUGUUGCUCCGGCAGCGGCAGCGGGCCAAGCGCAACGCCGUGCUGGACGAGGCCAACAAUGACAUCCUGGCUUUCCUGUCUGGGAUGCCGGUGACCAGAAACACCAAGUACCUCGACCUCAAGAACUCGCAAGAGAUGCUCCGCUACAAGGAGGUCUGCUACUACAUGCUCUUUGCCCUGGCUGCCUACGGAUGGCCCAUGUACCUGAUGCGGAAGCCGGCCUGUGGCCUCUGCCAGCUGGCCCGGUCCUGCUCGUGCUGCUUGUGUCCCGCACGGCCCCGGUUUGCCCCUGGAGUUACCAUCGAGGAAGACAACUGCUGCGGCUGCAACGCCAUCGCCAUCCGGCGCCACUUCCUGGACGAGAACAUGACCGCGGUGGACAUCGUCUACACCUCCUGCCAUGAUGCGGUCUAUGAAACCCCCUUCUACGUGGCAGUGGACCACGACAAGAAGAAAGUGGUGAUCAGUAUCCGGGGAACCCUGUCCCCCAAGGAUGCCCUGACAGACCUGACCGGUGACGCCGAGCGCCUCCCUGUGGAGGGGCACCAUGGCACCUGGCUGGGACACAAGGGAAUGGUCCUCUCGGCUGAGUACAUCAAAAAGAAGCUGGAGCAGGAGAUGGUCCUGUCCCAGGCCUUCGGGCGAGACCUGGGCCGCGGAACCAAACACUACGGCCUGAUAGUGGUGGGCCACUCCCUGGGCGCAGGCACUGCUGCCAUCCUCUCCUUCCUCCUGCGCCCCCAGUACCCGACCCUCAAGUGCUUUGCCUACUCCCCCCCAGGGGGCCUGCUGAGCGAGGACGCCAUGGAGUAUUCCAAGGAGUUUGUGACAGCUGUGGUCCUGGGCAAAGACCUUGUCCCCAGGAUCGGCCUCUCCCAGCUGGAAGGCUUCCGCAGACAGCUGCUGGAUGUCCUGCAGCGAAGCACCAAGCCCAAGUGGCGAAUCAUUGUAGGGGCCACAAAAUGCAUCCCCAAGUCGGAGCUGCCCGAGGAGGUGGAGGUGACCACCCUGGCCAGCACGCGGCUCUGGACCCACCCCAGUGACCUGACCAUCGCCCUGUCAGCCAGCACCCCUCUCUACCCGCCCGGCCGCAUCAUCCACGUGGUCCACAACCACCCAGCGGAACAGUGCUGCUGCUGCGAGCAAGAGGAGCCCACGUACUUCGCCAUCUGGGGCGACAACAAGGCCUUCAACGAGGUGAUCAUCUCGCCGGCCAUGCUGCACGAGCACCUCCCCUACGUGGUCAUGGAGGGGCUCAACAAGGUGCUGGAGAACUACAACAAGGGCAAGACGGCCCUGCUCUCUGCUGCGAAGGUCAUGGUGAGCCCCACGGAGGUGGACCUGACUCCCGAGCUCAUCUUCCAGCAGCAGCCGCUGCCCACGGGACCACCCGUGCCCGCCGGCCUGGCCCUGGAGCUGCCCGCCGCAGACCACCGAAACAGCAGUGUCAGGAGCAAGUCCCAGUCUGAGAUGAGCCUGGAGGGCUUCUCGGAGGGGCAGCUGCUGUCCCCUGUGGCCGCGGCAGCCCGCCAGGACCCAGUGGAGCUGCUGCUGCUGUCCACCCAGGAGCGGCUGGCGGCCGAGCUGCAGGCGCGGCGGGCGCCGCUGGCCACCAUGGAGAGCCUCUCGGACACGGAGUCGCUGUACAGCUUCGACUCGCGCCGCUCCUCCGGCUUCCGCAGCAUCCGCGGUUCACCCAGCCUCCACGCCGUGCUGGAGCGCGACGAGGGCCACCUCUUCUACAUUGACCCCGCCAUCCCCGAGGAGAACCCGUCCCUGAGCUCGCGCACCGAGCUGCUGGCGGCCGACAGCCUGUCCAAGCACUCGCAGGACACGCAGCCCCUGGAGGCCACCCUGGGCAGCGGGGGCAUCACCCCCGAGCGGCCCCCCAGCGCAGCCGCCCACGACGAGCUGGAAGAAGGGGGUGGCGGCGGGGCAGCCCCCCGCAGCGGAGAGCUGGCGCUGCACGACGGGCGCCUGGGGGACUCGCCCAGCCCUCAGGUGCUGGAGUUCGCCGAGUUCAUCGACAGCCUCUUCAACCUGGACAGCAAGAGCAGCUCCUUCCAGGACCUCUACUGCAUGGUGGUGCCUGAGAGCCCCACCAGCGACUACGCCGAGGGCCCAAAGUCCCCCAGCCAGCAAGAGAUCCUGCUCCGCGCCCAGUUCGAGCCCAACCUGGUGCCCAAGCCCCCAAGGCUCUUCGCUGGCUCGGCCGACCCUUCCUCGGGCAUCUCGCUGUCGCCCUCCUUCCCACUCAGCUCCUCGGGCGAGCUCAUGGACCUGACACCCACGGGCCUCAGCAGCCAGGAGUGCCUGGCAGUGGACAAGAUCCGGACUUCCACCCCCACCGGCCAUGGGGCCAGCCCCGCCAAGCAGGAUGACCUGGUCAUCUCGGCACGCUAGCACGCCAGGAGUUGCUGCCAGCUGAGGCCCGGGCCAGAGCGGGUGGCUCCUCAGGCUCCUGGUGGCUGCCCCCCCCCAGGCCGGGCAGCUUUGAGGAGAGGCCCCCACGGGGCCAGUGUAGCCUCAGGCAUUGGGCAUUGCUGCUGAGCUGGGGGUCCGCAUCCCUACCUCAGCUUUGGAACCCCCAGAGCCAAGGCAGCUGGGAUCUGGGCCCCCCGGAUAGGGAAUGACAGGGGGGGGGGCGUGGAGCAGGGAGAAGCCUGGGGCAGCCUGCCGGGUGGACAGGGCAACACUCCGCCCUCUCAGCCUGAGUGCCCCCCACGGGGGCAUCCUGGCACCUCCUAUUCCGGGACAGGCCAUGAGUAUGCUGACGCCCCAUCACUGCCCUCUGGCUGCUCUCCCAGGGUGGACAUGGAGAGCGGCCCCCUCCCCACAUAUUCUCAUCUGUGGUCCAGGCUGGCAUCUGCCCUGGCCACCCCCAGAUCUGGUGCCUGCUGGCCAGCCCCCUGGGGUGACCCCCCCCCCCCCCACGAAGGUGGCCCGCAGUGCUGUGUAUGUUUACAGAAGCUGCUGGGCUGGGCUCAGGAUGUGUCCUGGGCUUGCAAGCCCCCUGACCCCCGCUGCAAUCACGUGUUUAGUAGCCCCCUUCUGGGCAGGCAGGUGCCAGCCUCCUCAGGGCCCAAGGCAGCCAUGGGGCCUGGAGGGGCCUACAGGAGGGUGGGGUCAGGACCGCCCCUUCUCUGCUUGAUAUCCCUCAUGCUGAUCCCUCUGUCGAUGGGUCCUGGGUACCCAGGCCUGCCCCAUUACUUCCUGGCCUGCCUUCUACCCCCGGGGAUCCUGGCCACUCAAAGGGUGGAGGGCACAGGUGUGACCACCCCUGCCUGCAGAGUCAGUGCCCUGGAAGGAAGGAGGGCCCCACCAAACCCCCUUUUAAUCACCUCCCCCCAGGCCUGGGCACCCCAGGCCCUGGGCUCUGCAACCAAACACGCCUCCACUCUGCACAGCUGCCCCUCCCCGCUGGCCUGGGCUCUCUCCUGGGAGCGGGCCUCUCUUCCCUCCCACCCCCAAUGUCCUGUUGGCCCUAAGUGGAGCCAAGCAUGGGGUAUUGUGGGACCCGGCUAGAGACCCAGGAGGGCCAGGGGCCCUGGGGCCAUCCCAGUUUAGCCUGAGGCCUCCACAGGCCCCACUUGGGAGGGUUCCUUCCCUGCUGGGUUGGAGAAGCAGCGGGGAAGUGGAGCCCCUGCCUGUCCCCAGAGGCAGAGCGGCGAGGGGGCGCAUGCCGGCACAGGGCGUGUGUGCGCAUGUGCAUGAGUGUGUGCCGAGGAAGGGGCUGCUGGGGCGCCCUCCCCGCCCUGCCCGCCCUGCCUGCCUGCUGCCCCCCCCAGCCUGCCAAGAAAACAGGCAGCAAACAUGAUGGGCACCAUGCGGGGGGGGGCCGCGGGACGAGCUCGGCUUCGGACACGGCCCGUCCCCCUCAUCUCGCCGGCUGCUCUGACCCCUGGUUUGGAAAACUGGUGUGUGCCGAGGCGUUGACCGCCCCGCUUGUGCCUUCAUUUCCUUGGAGGCAAGGUCCCCUGACUCUGGGCCUGCCCAUGGCCUCCCUGGGUUGGCUAGGCUCCCUUGACCGAGACCCCCGUCUCAUGAUCACUGGUACCUGGGACCCCUGCCCACCCUGACGCAUGGGGACAGAGACCUGGGAGCUGGGCCCCCCUCACCCUCUGCGACUCCCAAACCUCAUCAGCCCCAUCAGGCUUCUGCCCCUGCUGGGCCCACCCCCUUUCCCGCACAGAAGCAAGAUGGAAUCAGUGGCUCUUACAGUUUAAAGAAAAACAAAAAAAAAAGACAAAUAAAUCAGAGUAAAGUUCCAACAAGCACCCCAGCCCGUAGCAGGGAGACUUGGGGUCUGGCCUUUUAGUUCCUCCUCCACCAGGGUGGGCCUGGGAUCUCUGAGGGGGCGUGGUGCCCACCCAUGCCCAGGACUGAGCCAUCAGGGACAGACCCCCCCACCCCCAAGGCUGCAGCCGCACAGGGUUACAGGCUUGGGGCUGGGGCAGGCUCGGACUCAGCCCUGGACGCUCCAGGGUCAGCCCACAUCUCACCCGCCCCCUCCCCCACUCUCCCCUGCAGGAUGGGCCUGCUGUGUGUCUCUCCCUUCCUCUGCACACCACACUGGGGGGGUCUGAGCCACCCCCCUCAGCCCGGCUCAGCUCAGACCGACCCCCAUUCUGUCCCCCAGACCUGCAGCACAAGGUUUCCUGGCCGUACGCUGGCCUGUCCUCCCAGGGGCCUGGGCGACCUCCAUAUGCAAUCGGUAGUGAGCAGCUGGGCCCCGCAGACACUCAUGCACUGUACGUGCCAUUCUCCCAUGACUUUUUUUGUACUUAAUGUAUGAAAGAUCCAAACUAAUAUUGCUGUAAAAAGGAGAGACAAAUUAAUAUAGCUUAUUCUAUAAAUAUAUCUGUAUAUAAAGUUUUCUGUAUAUUGUAUAGAGCUGUGUAUAAACUGGAUGUAGAAGCACA